AUGGCGGGCCCACAGGAGUCUUCCACCUCCUCGGGGUCCAGGAAGUCGGGCGGACGUGCUGUAGGACAGUUCAACAUUGGCUCCGAGAUUGGCAAAGGCAGCUUUGCCCAGGUGUAUCUGGGCUGGCAUAAGGAAACCAAGGCCGCCGUCGCCAUCAAAUCCGUCGAGCUGGAACGGCUAAACAAGAAGCUCAGAGAGAACCUAUAUGGCGAAAUCCAAAUCCUCAAGACAUUACGCCAUCCCCACAUCGUCGCCCUCCAUGACUGCCUCGAGUCAGCAACACAUAUCAACCUCGUCAUGGAGUAUUGCGAGCUUGGCGACUUGUCCCUGUUUAUCAAGAAGCGAGAGAAGCUCGCCACCCACCCUGCCACUCAUGACAUGGCACGCAAGUAUCCCAGCGCACCGAAUUCCGGUCUUCACGAGGUCGUUAUUCGACAUUUCCUGAAGCAACUAACCAGUGCUCUCGAGUUCCUGCGUCAAAAGAAUUACGUCCACCGCGACGUCAAGCCCCAAAAUCUUCUGCUGCUGCCCUCACAGGCCUUCCGGGAUCACAGAGGUCGACCGGUCAUGAAGGCCAGCCAGGGCUCAAUGAUUCCCAUCGCUGGCCUCCCGUCCCUUCCCAUGCUCAAGCUCGCCGACUUCGGUUUCGCCCGUGUGCUUCCCUCCACUUCCCUAGCCGAUACGCUCUGUGGGUCCCCCCUGUACAUGGCCCCAGAAAUUCUCCGAUACGAGCGAUAUGACGCGAAAGCCGAUCUUUGGUCUGUGGGAACGGUACUCUAUGAGAUGAGCACAGGUCGUCCUCCGUUCCGGGCUAGAAACCAUGUCGAAUUGUUGAGAAAGAUCGAGGGCGCUGAGGAUGUCAUCAAGUUCCCGAGGGAGGUAACUAUCAGUGCUGACCUCAAGGCGCUGAUUCGAAGUCUGCUCAAGCGAAGUCCGGUCGAGCGCAUCAGCUUUGAGAACUUCUUCAAUCAUCCUGUUGUUACGAGCCCAAUUCCCGGUCUGGUGGAGGAUGAUAUCCCCCCACCUGAGGAAGAGGAACAGGAACCGGAACCGGAAUCUCAGGCGUUGAAGACAAUUCAUCAGGGGCAGAGGCUCUCGUCCGCGUCACGCAGCCCACGACAUACCGGGCAAGAAUCACCACGUGAGGGUGUGGCAUCCAGGUCGCCUAGAGACCGCCAUCCAAGGUCGCCACAAGCAGGAAGCCCUGGUGAAGGCCGAUACCCUCGGCAAACGCCUGAAGGCCACCGGGCGACUGGCAGUUCUCCUCGUGAACUCGCAGAGGGCUUGGGCAUCCGUCGCCCUGUACCUCAUCAUGCAGCAUCGGCACCCAACCAAGCACGCCUCCAGGACCGGGUAACUGGUCGUGAUAAGGUCUCGCCACCCACGUCUCUUUUGAGAGAGGCGCGCAGGGGCCGAGCAUCGAGCAACCCGCCAAUUUCGGAGGAGGAAAAGGCAGCUCAGGAUGUCGCCCUAGAGCGAGAAUACGUUGUUGUUGAGAGGCGCCACGUCGAGGUCAACGCCCUCGCUGAUGAGUUGGCGGCCAACGAGAAGUUGGGUGACCAUGGCUCGCAUAGAUCAGGACCCCUGGCUCGACGAUACACGCAGCAGGGAGCACCCAACUCGACGACAGGGGCAGUUCCAACUCCAUCUUCACGAACCGCCUUGGUAGCUCAAGGACGGCAUGACCGGAGGUCGUCGUAUGAAAAAGCUCUCUCCGCUAGUCCCGGAUCGGCCUCGAGUGCCAUCUCCAAGGCUAUCCAGGAUGCCAGCCUCCGCCUUUUUGGCUUCAGGGUUUCACCUGGACGAGGCCAGAAGGGGCCGUCUCCCCCACUUUACCAGGCGUUCCCGGCAUAUCCGACUCCGCAAACAUCGGCCGGAUUGCUCGGUGACGGUAAGAGUACCCACAGCACCGAUGAGGAUGGACGAGCUGCGCAGGCCAUUGAAGAGUUUGCCACGCGAAGCGAUUGUGUGUAUGGCUUCGCCGAGGUCAAGUAUAAGCAGCUCGUCCCUCUAGCGCCGUCGGCAGAUCAUGGACUGGGCGGUCUUGAGCCUGAGCAGAUGGUGACGGAAGAAGAAGGCCUCACGGUUGAGGCUAUCGUUGCGCUGUCGGAGGAGGCCCUUGUCCUGUAUGUGAAGUCGCUCACACUCCUCGCCAGAGCCAUGGACAUAGCGAGUCUCUGGUGGUCCAAGAAGAGUCGAGGAGAGCCAGGAACGGGGCUAUCAGCAGCGACUGCUCAGACGGUUGUGCAGCGUAUCAAUGCCGUGGUGCAAUGGGUUCGACAACGCUUCAACGAGGUGUUGGAGAAGUCGGAGGUUGUCCGCCUGAAGCUCAUGGAGGCACAGAAGCAACUGCCUGAGGACCACCCGAGCCACCCAUCGAACCACGGAACCGAGUCGAUUGCCUCUACUACGGGAUCGACGAUGAAGCAGGUUUAUCUUACACCUGGCAUCAGCGCCGAGAAACUUAUGUACGAUCGGGCACUUGAGAUGAGCCGUGCGGCAGCGAUUGAUGAAGUCACCAACGAGAAUCUCGGCGGUUGUGAGAUUUCCUACAUCACUGCGAUCCGCAUGCUCGAGGCGGUACUGGACAGUGAUGAGGAUCCUCAGAUGGAGAAGAGGAAGCUGUCUACGGGCAAGGAAGCCGACAAUGCUGUCAGGGAAACGAACGGCGGUGAACUUGACAGUGACGAGGAGGCUCAUGUUCGAAAGAUGAUCAAGAUGAUCACUGGCCGGCUCGGCGCUGUUCGCAAGAAGAAGCAGAUGAUUGCAGAGGCCAACAGCCAUGUUCAACAUGCCUACCAGCAGGCACCACGCCGACGAAGCGGCGAUGUGACACCACGCAGCGUUCCUUCACAUGCAUCCUCGUGA